AUGCUGUUCUCGUCUUUGUGGUCAACAACAUGUUUGCUGAUCUCAUCUGUACUAACUGAACAUGUCAAUGUCAAGCCAUACGUUAUAGACCCGAAGACAAAUACCACAUACACAGGAAUCACCUCUAGCACUGGAGUUGAAACUUUUCAAGGAAUUCGAUAUGGUUUGGAUACUAGCGGUGAGGGACGAUUUGCACCUCCUCGAGCUUUUAUUCCAUCACCAGGUUACCAUUACAAUGCCACUGUCGAAGGUUCAUCCUGUCCCCAACCAGCGGGAUGGGGCUUCUUGUUCCAAACCAAUACCACAGAUAUCUCAGAAGAUUGUUUGAACCUUAAUCUGGCGAGACCUGCUUGGGCGAAGGCGGGCUCAAAAUUGCCCGUUAUGGUUUACAUUUUUGGAGGUGGAUAUUUUACCGGCACUGUCAACGAAAGGACUACUGCACCUGAUGGGCUAAUUCAUGCAUCAGUUGCUGGUGGCGAACCUGUCAUCUAUGUUGGAAUUAACUACCGUCUAAACAUUUUUGGUUUCGCAGCUUCUGAAGCUCUGAGACCCAACAAGUCUCUCAAUGUGGCUCUCAAGGAUCAAAGAUUAGCUCUUGAAUGGAUCCAAGAGAAUAUUGAAUUAUUUGGAGGAGACAAAGACAAAGUGACACUUUUUGGACAAUCCUCGGGAGGUUUGAGCAUCGGCAUGCAAAUUCUCGCUUACGGAGGCGUAAAGCCUGUACCCUUCCAUGCAGCUGUAAUGGGAAGUGGUUCACUCGAACCAUCCAUGGCUUCAAACAUCAGCUUCAACUCUACCGCUGGAGUUGCAGCAUUAGCUGGAUGUAACACGACCGAUUAUCAAUCUUCAACUGUCAUUACCUGCUUGCGAUCCCUCUCUAUGGAGACGCUUCUCAAUCUCGCUGUUGACCAACAAGUCGAUAGCUACACCAAUAAUGAUGGAGACAUUUACCUCCCAACAGUCGACCAGGAUUUCCUUCCCCUGAAAGCAUCCGAACUUCUCGCCCAAGGUAAAUUUGCCAAGGUUCCCCUCAUGGCCGGAUGGAUGGAAGACGAUGCUACAUUUUUCACAUUCACCACCAUCGAAACCGCAACCGACACCAAGGAUUUCAUCUCCCUAUAUUACAAGGAUCUCAAUACUACUACUCUUACCGACCUCCUCGAUCUAUACCCUAUAUCCGAAUUCCCCGCCAAUCCAAGCGCUAACCUAAGUGCCGAAUUCUACCGCAGCGCGCAAAUCUUGCGCGAUAUUUUACUUACAUGUCCAUCUGUUAUAUUCACUCAAGCCAUGGCCCGCAAAUACAAUACCACAAACCCACCCACAUAUCUAUACGCUGUUAACCAAACUAUUCUGGGCCCGUACCUCGACGCUACUGAUGAGCCUGGUCUUGGAGUUAUCCAUACUAGCGAACUCCCUUAUCUUUUCAAUAAUAUUGAUUUAUUCAAUAUCACGGAUCUCGAGAUUCCGGGGUACAGCUUUGAACCGACUGCGAGUGAUUAUGCGUUAGCGAAUAGUAUGCCGAUGUCGUGGAUUUCGUUUGGGAAAUAUGGGGAUCCGGGGAGGGGGAGGGGGAAUGGGUCGAUGGGAGGGUGGACUUCGGCUUGGCCUAGUGGGGGAAGCGAGGCGGAAAUCUUUUUGAUUGGGGGUGGGAAUGCGGGGAUGAGUGGGGUUGCGAGGGAAGGGGAAAAUGGGAAUGGGGGGUUAGUGGGUGAGAGGUUGGCGGAGAGAUGUGGGUUUUUGGGGAGGAAGGAUGUGGUGGAGCAGUUGAUGUAUUGA